AUGGUAGUGGCGAUAGGCUUGGACAUUUUGCCAUGGUCUAUGCUGCUGGGCUUGGCCAGGCAGUCUCCAGUGGCAGAGCCACAAGUCCACAUCCAAGAACGAUCGGCGAGACCAGUGCCAUUGGCAGGUCAAAGCGCUGUUGCAGUGCUUGUGACUGGUGAUGUCGGCGGAUUUCGGCGCCAGCAGAGACAGCUUGCCGAGCACGACUCUGGCCUUGAGAGUGUGGAAGCCAUCAUCGUAGGUCUUGCAGACGUCUUGCUUGAGAACUUGACGGUCGCCGAAGUCGGCGUCAACGCAUUCCUUGGCCAUGGCACCGCGGACGUAGAUGCGGUCACGUUUGUGAUUGGUGGUGUCCAUGGUGUUGUCGACAGCGGACAAGUUCUGAGAGAUUGCUCCAACCACGAGAGUGGAGACGGCGAAAACUUUCGUCGUGACAGUCAGCAAGUGCACAAAAGAGUGGAGAGCUUCAUGUUGGAUGAUGGGUGCGUUGUUGUGAUUGUUAUUGCGGUGGAUGUCUGAUGAACAAGCGUG